AGCUAAGCGUCGACCAAACUCAUUUAUCAGCUUAGAACACCAGCUCGAGAGCUCAGCGCAUACAGUGCGCACCGCCUGCCGAAACAAUUCAAUGACAGUGACAAUUGUUGACAACCAUUUAACAUUUGCGCAAAUAGACUGAAAAAAUAAUUAAAUCAGCCAAGAGUGCGCGUAUAAUGUCAAACGCUUUCAAAAUAUAAUCGCGCCAAGCUGCGGGAUCAAUAACUGUAUACAGAAGUGCGCAGUUGUUAUAGGAGCACGAAGUGUAGGAAAAUAUGGAUAUGGACUACUAAAUAAAGAAAAACACAUUUUUCUCAUUUUUUGAUGCGUGGCUUAAUUCGGACUUGUGUCAGCAGCGAUAGCGGCAGUAAUACGAUACAUAUUUACUAAUACAUGUUGACUUUGUACCGCAACAAGUGUUUUUAUCCACUUAUUUCAACAUUCUUACUUGAUGUUUUUUCGGUUUUUUUAUGUUUAUUUGCUGUUUCGUAUUAUCUGCAAAUAAUCUGAGUUGCUGCUUAUCAGCCGAAUCUGUCGCAAAUAUCAAUACUUACACACACAUUUUUAUCUGCAUCAACAAAACUUUUUGUUUUCGUACGAUUUAGUAAGAUCCCUAACUAAAUUUACUGCGGCAACAGAUACCUAGUUACCAUUUACUAACGGUACUAUCAGUCGGAAGUGUAACUCGUCGGCGGAACGGUAAUGAACGAAAUGACGCACAAACAAACGUUAAUCUACAGCCUAUUGCUGCUGCUACUGCUCAAUUACAUCCAACUGGGAAUUGGACUCUUUGAGGGCUGCGAUAACACCUAUAACAUAGUCGCAGGCACCUCCUACGUCGUCCAAUCUCCGUAUUAUCCCGGCGGAUAUCCCUCAGGCACAUCAUGUCGCUAUCAGUUCAUAGCACCGUAUGAUUAUUUCAUCCAAAUGAAUUGUACAGUCAACAUGCCAGAGAACGGCGGUUCUUGUACUACAGAACUUUUGUAUGUCAGCACCGAAGGCGACGUACAAUUACGCGGUUCGGAACAAUUUUGUGGCCAAGGCACAUUCACUAGGAACUCGCUAUUCCGCAGGCUCACCAUAGCCUAUGCAUCUUAUGGAUCUACAGGCAACUUCCGUUGUUCGCUGACUGUUCUAAAGCAAAAUUGCGAGUGUGGUUGGUCGGUAACAGCGAAAAUCGCUAAUGGAGAAAAAGUGGGCGCCAAUGAGUUUCCAUUUAUGGCGGCGCUGCAAGAUAAGACGACUAAUACGACUUUUUGUGGCGCUUCGAUUAUUUCACAUCGCUAUUUAUUGACCGCUACCCACUGCAAAAAUUAUCAACCAGAAGCAGCAAAGAUUACAGCGGUCGUUGGCUUCAAUCUGCUCUCUGAAGUGAACUCCUCGCGUUAUGCUGCUUCGUAUUCAAUUUUAAGAUUCUUACCGUACCCCGGCUACUCUGAUGAGCCGCUCACAAACGAUAUUACUCUUGUUCAAACCGCUGGAAUUAUUGAAUGGUCACGUGGUGUAGGACCAAUUUGCCUACCACCAUCUGCCUCAGCGACUUUUGCUUAUAACUAUGUGGACGUCGCUGGUUGGGGAACACAAAGCUUUGCCGGUCCGACCAGCGAUGCGCUAAUGAAAGCCAAUCUUAUGGUGAUCGAAAAUUCCGUUUGUCAGCAGAGCUACGACGUACCGAUCUAUGAUUCACAAAUCUGCACCAAUGACUACUCGGGCUCUGGCCGUGACGCCUGUCAAUUCGACUCGGGCGGUCCGGUGAUAUUGCGAAACUCCCGACUCUUCCUUAUUGGCUGCAUCAGCUACGGACAACCCUGCGGCCUGGCCCAUGGCACUGGUGUGAACACGCGCGUAACCUCCUACUUGAGUUGGAUACGCCAACAAACGGGUUAUACGACGUGUGUUAAGCCACUGAGUUAAUAUUGCUGAAAUAUGUUUGUACACUUGUUUGUUGUUAUUUUUGGUGUAUAUAAAAUAAAUAUGUGCAUGUGUAUUAGUAAGAAAUAUAUAGAAAUGAAUGUUGAUUUAA